AUGACAUUUUCAGUUGACUCAUUAGUCAUUAAAAAGGGGAGAUUAUUAUCCACCAUACACGAAACAUCCAAAUGGGGGGCCAAAGGUAGAUGGGGUCCUGGUGAAACAGAAACUGGUGUCUGUAGGUUGGCUUUAUCAGACUUAGAUAAAUGUGUUCGAGAUUGGCUUGUAGAUGAAACUGAAUCUUUAGGUUGUGAAAUUAAGGUGGAUCAAGUUGGGAAUAUUUUUGCUAUAUUGCCAGGCAAGAACCCAGGAUUGCCAACAGCUAUUGGUUCUCAUUUAGACACCCAACCUAGUGGAGGUAGAUAUGAUGGUAUUUUAGGUGUAUUAUCUGGUUUAGAAGUCCUUCGUACUUUAAAGGAGAAUAAUUAUGUUCCAAAUUAUCCUAUUGCGUUGAUCAAUUGGACAAAUGAAGAAGGUGCUAGGUUCCCAAAGUCAAUGGUCGCAUCUGGAACUUGGGCCAAAAAAAUUCCAUUGGAAGAAUGUUUGAAUUUGAUGUCAUUAGAUAAGGAACCGGUUUCAUUUGGCGAUGAAUUGAAAAGAAUUGGAUAUGACGGUAAAGUUAAGGCAUCAUAUUUGGAAAAUCCAAUUGCUGCUCAUUUUGAAAUUCAUAUUGAACAGGGCCCAAUCUUAGAGAAAGAAAAUAAGGAAAUCGGUGUCGUAGUUGGAGGACAAGCCUUCGAAUGGAACUUAGUUACCGUGAAGGGUAAAUCAUCCCACUCAGGUACUACCCCACUGCAAGUUAGAUCUGAUGCGUUGAUGUCGGCUGCCCAAAUAAUGUUGAUGGCCAGAGAAGUCGCAACAAAGCACAACGGGUUGGCUACUGUAGGUACAUUAGAGUUAGAUCCAGGAUCAGUCAAUGUUAUUCCAGGUGAAGUUAGAUUUUCUUUAGAUUGUAGACAUGUCGAAGAUGAAGUUUUAGAGGUAAUUCUUAAAGAAAUCAAAGAAAAAGCUGAACAACUUGCAGAAGCCAAUAUCAAUUCCCCAACAGCAGAACCCUUGCUGGUCAAAUUUGAAAAUAUAACCACUUCAAAAGCAAUCAAAUUUAACCAAACAAACAUUGACACAGUCAAAGCUGCAGCUAGACAAAUUUUUAAGGAUGACGAAAUCAGAGAAAUUACGAGUGGUGCCGGCCAUGAUUCUUGCUUUGUUAGUACCAGAGUUCCCACCUCCAUGAUCUUUAUUCCCUGCAAAAAUGGAAUUUCUCAUAGUCCAGAAGAAUAUUCUAGUCCUGAAGACGUUCACAAUGGAUUCCAAGUCUUAUUGAGGUCAGUGGUUUUAUAUGAUGAAAUGAGGGCUCUGGGUAUAGUGAAAGCAUGA